CGCAAGCACAAACCAAACACAGCACGGUGAGCGGUGAGCUACCUGUACCUGUACCUGUACCUGACUGAGACUCUAGUCCUGAAGCUACUGCACACUUUAGAAACUUACCGACAGCUCCGCGUCUUGGGUUUCCCAAACUGUUGUACCAGCCAUCAAAACGAGGAACUUCCCAGUUUCUUUCACCGCAUGAACCUGUCCAAUCAAUACACGUUGAGCGGAGAUAAGCGUUUCUUUCAGCGUGUUUUUCACUGAGGAAUAUGAAGAACAACUGCAGACUACUUACGUUCACAGACACAGAGUACCAAGCCAACCACUGCACAGAUACUCCAAGCCCGUUUACGUAAAUCCAUUGAAGCGAGAGAUGUUCCUCAGUUCAGUCAGCAACCAAGAGGAGUGAAGGACCUCUGAAAAGAUAAGCUGAAGCAUUCAUGUCACUACAUCCUCCUCCUCAGUGACCUGAGGAGAGACAGUGGUAUAAAAGAAGGGUUUGAGUACUCAACAUCCACACUUCAAGUCAGGUGUUCCUCAGUCUGCAUCUUACAAAUUUGCAGUCUCGGCUAGAUCCGGAGCUAGGAUGACUUUCUACGUUGACAUUUACCCAUUCUACACUCCACAAAGGUCCUCCUUCAUCUUCAGCGGCCGCUUGCUCACUGUUAUUCUGGUCUUCCUCAUGUUAGCAGUCAGUCUGCUUCUUAUCCUACCAGGGAUAAGAGGGAAGUCGAGGCUGUUCUGGAUGUUUAGAAUAAUCAUCAGCUUGUUCAUAGGUGUGGUGAUAGUGGCACUGAACUUCACAUGCGACUGGGCUGAGGCCAAAAUGACCACAAAUUCCACCUAUAAGUCUUUCAGCAAUGCUGUGGUUAAUGCUGACAUCGGCUUACACGUGGGACUGUACGGCAUUAAUGUCACACUAAAGGGGAAUCCUGUCAUACAGCUGAAUGAGACCAUUGACUACAAUGAGAUGUUUAGCUGGCAUGACACAAUCGAAGACGAGUAUCAGGAAGCUCUGGAGAAAGGUCUACCCAACCCCAUCCUGUACAUCGCUGAGAAAUUCACUCCAGGCAGCCCAUGCAGACUCAUCUAUCAGUAUAAAUACUCCGGAAGAUACGCUUCUGCAACCCUCUGGACUGCAUUUUGCAGCUGGUUGCUCGCCAAUAUCCUCUUCUCCAUGCCAGUUGUUCUUUACGCCGGAUACAUGAUGAUAGCCACUGCAGCUUUCAUCUUCUUCUCCAUGGCUUCUUUCUCCACCAUCAGGAACGUGCCACAGUGUGUUUUCUCCAUAGGAACUGACUCCUUUGAAACUGAGUACAGUCAUUCGUUCUGGCUGGCCCUGGCUACAGGUUUGCUGUGCACCAUUAUCGGGAUUCUCGUGGUGAUACUCAAUUUUAUGAUGCCGGAGAAGAUGAAAGAGGCUUUCAGUGUUGGGGUGGACAGUUAUGAAGAUGAGGAUGCUUCUUAUGGAGAGGGGUACCUGAAUACAGUUUUCCUUGAUGGAGUGAAGAGUUUACCGCUGACAUCGAAAACGAGGGGAAAUUUAUGAGCCAUCUGAGUUUGCCUCAAGAAGCUUCUCCAGCCAAUACUUGAAGACAGUGUUUCUGAAUGUGUUACCAUUUGGGUGCUUUUAUUCAACACCACUUUUGAAUGAUCCAUUUGAGCCUUUGGAGUGUUACGUUACCGUAAAUCACUAAAUGUAAAUAGUGUUUGUAAAUAUCAUUGACACAAUGCUGUAGUUGUAAGUACUAUUAUAUAGUACUGUGUGGGAUCCAUACAAUGUGUAUUAUACUAGAGCUGAACGAUAUAUCGUUAUCGUAUCAAUAUCGGGAUAUGAACAUUCAAGAUAAUAAUUUCGCAAAAUCAACGAUAUCAACAAGAUUUUCCCCGCUCGCCCUGCAUGUACACUUGCCCUUACAUGUACAGCUAAGGCCAGCCAACCACAAACCUCAUUUCAUGCUUGCCGUUGAUUAACAGCUGAAGCCAGCCAAUGAAAAACAUCAGAGGGAGGGCGCAAGGGGGACAGAGACACACACUCACACAUACACUACACACAGCUGGGAAACAAAAAGAGAAACAUGAGUGCGGAAGAUAAGGCCGGUGCAGAAUCUGCACAUUCGACGGAUUUAGUGGCAAAAAAUAAGUUAUCCUCCAUUAUAUGGAAGAAUUUUGGAUUCAAAAAAGAGGAUCUAAACCAGAGCGAGGCAUUGUGCAGGCCCUGCUUGGCAAAAAUUGAGAUGAAGCAAGGCAGCCCAACAAACAUGUUCACCACCUGAAACAACACCACUGUGUACUACAUGAAGAGUGUAUUGCAAUGAAAGAAACAGCAGUGUUGAUGACUGACAGAGUUCUCAUCAAUAAAACUGCUGUUUCCACAUCCUUUUGUAUUAUGAUGUUUUUAUUUUUCUGAGAAAUGCUUAGUUUUCACUGAACCCAUAGUCAUAUCAUAUCGAUAUCGAGAUAUCUGACAUAAAUAUCGAGAUAUGAAAUUUUGUCCAUAUCGUCCAGCCCUAGUAUAUACACUGAACUAAAGGUCACUGUUAAACUCUUCUGUUAGAGAUGAAAGAUGAGAGAAAACUUUUCCUUUCUAUUGAUUACUUUGUUUGACACCCUCUCCAGGAUGCAUGCACUCUGCCAUGACAACAAAACAUUGUUUAAUGUGUGGUUUCUGAGCAGUGUCUCUGGUUGAUGUCGAUUAAAGACAUUGCAAUAAAUGUAAAAACAGGAGAAGAGUGAUGUAAAAUCAAUGCUUGUUUAAUACUAUUAAUUCACCCUAUAUCCUGUACUGCAUGUCUUGUGUGUAUUUUUUCUCUCAAAAUAAAGAAAAAACAAGGA